AUGAACACGUGUGAAGAAUGUCCUGAUAACAUGAUCAGUUUAGAAGGAGCAGCCUUGUGUACAACUUGUGAACUUGGCCAGGAACGAAACUCAGGGAGAACUGCGUGUGCUGAGUGUCCAGCUGGAAGCUAUAAGAACAUUGACAUGAACACAUGUGAAGAAUGUCCUGAUAACAUGAUCAGUUUAGAAGGAGCAGCCUUGUGUACAACUUGUGAACUUGGCCAGGAACGAAACUCAGGGAGAACUGCGUGUGCUGAGUGUCCAGCUGGAAGCUACAAGAACAUUGACAUGAACACAUGUGAAGAAUGUCCUGAUAACAUGAUCAGUUCAGAAGAAGCAGCCUUGUGUACAACUUGUGAACUUGGCCAGGAACGAAACUCAGGGAGAACAGAAUGUGCUGAGUGUCCAGCUGGAAGCUACAAGAACAUUAAUAUGAACACGUGUGAAGAAUGUCCUGAUAACAUGAUCAGUUCAGAAGGAGCAGCCUUGUGUACAACUUGUGAACUUGGCCAGGAACGAAACUCAGGGAGAACUGCGUGUGCUGAGUGUCCAGCUGGAAGCUACAAGAACAUUGACAUGAACACAUGUGAAGAAUGUCUUGAUAACACGAUCAGUUCAGAAGGAGCAGCCUUGUGUACAACUUGUGAACUUGGCCAGGAACGAAACUCAGGGAGAACAGAAUGUGAGCCGUGUGGAGAAGGAAAAUAUCGGAAUGAUGCUAUGACAAGCUGUGAGACAUGUGACGCUGGAUUGACACCAAACUCUGACAAAACAGCCUGUGAGCCAUGUCCAGCUGGAUUCUACAAGAGCAUUAAGAUGAACACAUGUGAAGAAUGUCCUGACAACACGAUCAGUUCAGAAGGAGCAGCCUUGUGUACAACUUGUGAACUUGGAAAGGAACAAAACUCAGGGAGAACAAAAUGUGAGCCGUGCGGAGAAGGAGCAUAUCGGAAUGAUGCUAUGACAAGCUGUGAGACAUGUGACGCUGGAUUGACACCAAACUCUGACAAAACAGCCUGUGAGCCGUGUGGAGAAGGAACAUAUCGGAAUGAUGCUAUGACAAGCUGUGAGACAUGUGACGCUGGAUGGAAACCAAACGCUAACAAAACUGCCUGUGUGAGCUGCACGGGACUAAAGGCUGAGUGGAGAACUACGAUCAGAACCACGACACAGUUCCCAGUAGUUCCAGGAACUGUGGUGGAGGUUACAUGCUUAGAAUCUGGAGCUAUCAAUAAAGGGAACAGUGAGUUUAUCCUGAAGGUGUUGAAGACCUUCAAAUUUACGUUGCUGACAAAACAGCCAGAGUUUGUAGUAUUGCCCAAGAAAGAUUACAUCAGGACAAUACUACAACUCACCUCGACAAGGGAAUCGUAUACAAGUAAGAUAGACAUAGGAAGUCACCCUCCAGCUCACAGGCCCUCAAAGCUUAAACCUUCACAAGAGUAG